UCUGUCAAUGAAAAUUACUGGGCGAAAGGGAAAUGGGAAUUUACAAGCANUGGCGUUGAAAUUGGAAAAGUUACCCAGAAUGCUUUGCGAAACGCUUUUUCCGGUUCCGCAGAAUCCAUAGUCUUUUGAGGAGAGGAGAUCGUGUAGAUACGAUUAGGAGAAGAGUUCUCUUUGAGAUCAAUAAUGGCUCGGACACAAGAUGCAAAGCCUAAGGAGACAAAACCCAAAACUGCCGAGACGCCUAAAGAGAAGAAACCUAAGAAAGCUCCGAAGCCGAAGAAGGAAGUGAAAGAUAAAACGAAGAACCCCAUGCGUGAAGUUAGAAUUCGCAAGCUCUGCCUCAAUAUUUGUGUUGGAGAGUCAGGCGACAGGCUUACCCGCGCAGCAAAGGUGCUGGAACAGUUAACUGGACAACAGCCGGUCUUCUCAAAAGCUAGGUAUACUGUGCGCUCUUUUGGUAUCCGACGUAAUGAGAAGAUUGCAGUACAUUGCACUGUACGGGGCGCAAAGGCUGAAGAAAUCCUUGAGCGAGGAUUGAAGGUCCGUGAAUACGAAUUGAGAAAAGACAAUUUCUCAGACACUGGCAAUUUUGGAUUUGGUAUUCAGGAGCACAUUGAUUUAGGUAUCAAAUACGACCCAAGUAUUGGUAUCUAUGGUUUGGACUUCUACGUUGUUCUUGGAAGGCCAGGAUUCAAUGUAGCCCAUAGGCGAAGAAAGACUGGUGUCGUUGGUGCUCAGCACAGGCUCACUAAGGAAGAUGCAAUGAAGUGGUUCCAGCAAAAGUAUGAUGGUGUUGUCAUGGCCAGCAAGAAGAAUUAAAUUCCUUUUGUAUGAGGGGGAAUUCUAAUAAAAUAUUGAAAGCCAGUGGUAUGUCUUUUAUUGUAUGGCCAUCCUAACUUUGUGAUAUCUAGUUAGUACAGCAUCAAGUUUGUCAUAAUUGGAUUUUCUUAUUAUAAAUAUGAGGGUAUAGCAUACAUUAAUUUGGAGAUUCUUCUAUUCUUCAAAAUUAUUUCAGAAAUGUGAAUAAAAAUUACUUAGGAAUUUAGUGGAUCCAUUGCAUUAUAGUUUGGUGGGGAUUAAUUGUACUUUUAUUCUUCCAAAAAGCACAGCAACCUCAGAUUAAAGUUUGUCACAAGUUUUUCUUACAUUUUUGCUUAUUAUUUGGCUAACUCAAGACCAAAUCUAGUUUCUCAAUGAUAUCAAUUUUCGGAAUAUGUCAAACCGUUCAUACUGCUUGUUGGACAUUUAAAGCAGUAUAUCUUUUUAUCAUUAACAUUCCUUUGAUUUAUUGUUAUGCGUUUCUUUUCCUUUAUGAAGUCUGUAAGAAUGAGACUGGAGUGCAGCAGUGGGGAUACAUAUAAAAUUCAUUGGCAAGUAAUUGCACUACCACAUUUAGUGGCAUCAUGUGGGGAAAUAAGGAAUUUCUCUUUGUUCAGCAAAUAACAUUGCAUGUACUAGUUCAAUGUCAUCUUCACAUUGGUUUGAAGUGAAAAUUCUGUUAACUUGAUCACUGAGCUGGAUAUCCAUUAAAGAUUCAUCCAUUGACAGUGCAACAUUGCCAAACUUAGAGUAUGAUUAGCUGCUGACACUUAAUCUCCCCUCACACACGCACACAUUGUCAAGUCUUCUUGUUUCUUCUUUCUCUGUUCUGGUUUGAUUAGUGCAGUGCUUUUGGUUGUAUGGUUUGAUUAAAAUGUUUAAGAAAGGAAUGGUUACUACUAGAGUGAAUGAAAUGUGGGAACUUCAGUAAUUUGAUGUGUUAAAUAUUUUUUUGUUCAGAAACUAAUUGGAAAGCUUCAAACAUCUUCCGUAAAUAACACUCAAGAUUUUGCAUAAUUCUUGAUUUGUAAUUUAAAUAUUUUUAACAUUCACAAGCACUUUCUUUUUAUUUUCUUCUUGUACCUUGUUUCAAUUCUCUAACUACUUUGCCUGCAUUCAGUUUUUGCUGAGCAAAUUACUGUACACUAAACAUGCAGUGACUACUGUGGAUUUAAUGAUUAAUUGAAUGUGGUGUAUUACAUAAUUUAAUAUAAUUUAUAGAAUACCUUCUUGGGAACUUCUGCAGUUAGUAUGUAUAUCUUAAGAAUUGUGAAAUGUUAAUUUUGCCGGUGGAUCCAGUCCAUACUCUAGACCAAUCUUGCUAUCCAGGAAUGUACCACACUGUUUUUUAUUCUGUGAACCUUAUCCUAUCAGCUAAUUCUGACUAGAGGAAAUGGCCAAGAGUUUGAUUCUCCCAUCUACAAAGAUGGACCAAUUUAUUUGGACAUUUGGCUCAACCCUAGUCUACAAGCCCCAACAUGCUGAGUCUGGUUUUAGACAGUCUGCAGCUAAUGUUUGUUUGAUCCCUGAAAGUAGUAUGUGUAAAUGACAUAAUUAUCAAAAUACUAUAACAUUUUUUUUUUUUAUUGAAGAAAUAUCUUGUAAAUAUAUAUGAAACUAGUCAUUGACAGCUCGAGUUGAAAAAUCCACACCUUACCGCCCAGUGGCUGUAUUACUGUUCUAUGACACUUUGAUACCCUUGCGUGGCCUUGAGCAACAAGUAUCUGGCUGCAGGCAUAUGAUUUUCUAAGUGUGAAUAGAAGCAAUGUCUGUUUUCCGCUCAGUCAUGAGAGAGAAUUCUCGAACAGCUGAUCUUGCAGCUGAAGCCCCUCUCCUAUGUCCAGAUGUCACGACCGAAUUGAGUGUUGCUGAGAUAGAGUAUUUAAAACUGGAUUACAGAUGCGUCCAUUUCAUUAAGAACAUCUCGUGUGUCUCUGCCAAUGGCAUUAAAUUCACAGGAAUUCUGUUUUAUGAGGAUUUUUCCCCCUGCGGGAUGUGAAAACCCAUUCCUUUUUUAUAUUGGAGAGGUUCCUUUUAAUACUGUAUAUAGAAUGCCAUUUAACUUCAGGGGCUGGAGGAAUUUUUCAGUUAAAGCAGGUUUCCGGCUUGUACAGGGUCUUGUUUAGAUAGGUUUUGCUGUAUUAAAAACAUUUACUUUCUUCGAUAGGGUCUAUCUCAAAAGAAUUGGAUUUGGUCAUUUUGUUCAGUAUGUUUCAAUCGAUAGCAGAAACGAAUGAAACUAAUUGCAUGUCUGAGUGUAUCUUGUCCAUGAUGGUCCAGUUGGCCACGGACAGUUUAGAUAUUUAAAUGCCAGAAAUAGCAAGGGUAUAUAAAUGCUAAAAUCCAGCAAAUGACACAUAAUCUUAGUAAAUACAAAACAUUUUAUUUUCAGAACCGUACUAUCCACUCGAAACACAGAUUCUCCAACAUGUGUAUUGGAUUAUUCUUUACUAUAAAUAGUAACUAAAAAGUAAUUUAAGUUCAACAAAAAAAAAUAUCGUGACUUAAAUGAAUUUGUUUUCCAAAGCAUUUUGAAUUAACAUUGAGAAAUUCAAAUAGUUGUAAAUUACAUUUCCUCCUAAAAGGGCCAGUAUGUAGAUACUGUAAGAAGUCAAAAAUAAAAUUUUACAAAAUCCUAAAGGGGGGUGAAGUAAUAUUUAUUUUUCAAUUCAGCUCCAGGACCCAAGGAUUAUUUAUGGGAGAAUUAUGCAGCUUGCAUCCUUCAAGUGUUGAGAUCUGACGCUAGCCUCAAAAUUGUAAGAUUUUUAAGUUGUUUGGCCAUGGAGGGGCAGCACAGUGGUGGUGAAUUGGAAGUUGGUAGAGAUUGUAUAAGACAAGGUUCGAGUGGUUGGGAACAAAACCUUGUUCCCUUGCUAGCCUGUUAUUGUUAUGCAAUGUUUUUAUUGCA